UAGAAUGUAACGAAAUUUGAAUGGAUAUGGCAUUUGUACUUAUAUUUGUUCGAGUACAUCUAUAUCGGCUUUGAUUUUAAUCAUUUUUAAUCUUUUCAUGUUUCCUGUAUGGAAUUCUUAAAUGACUUCAAAAAUUAUCAUUUAUUGUGUUUUGUGUUCAAAAAUUUUUCAAGCUAACGAUAAUUUGUAGGCGGGCGUUUAUAAUUAUACACAGUUUAAUUUCCAGUCAGUUUUUUCAUUUUGAUUGAUCAUGGCCCCUCAAGUUCCAAAAAUGUCGUUGGUGGCUCAGUAUGACGAUUUAUGUCGAUAUACUAAUAUUUUGACUAAAGGAUGUGAAGAAGAGUUCAAGAUUUUUGUUGAAAGUCAACAUGCCUGCAUGCGUAAAUGGAAGGAAGCUGAGAAAGAAAUCCAGACUCUCCGUGACACCAUUUUCGAACUAGAAUCUGAUAAGAAGAGGCUAGAAACCCAGAAUAUGCAUAUAAAGAGUUUAUGUGAGACUGAAAUUAAUAAAAGGAAGAAGAUUGAAAUGGAAAAGAGCUCCAUGGAAAGACAAAUAGAUCUUAUCAAGAAGGUACUUUUGGCUGAUGGGAAUACAAUGGAUAAUCAAACAAAAGAGAUGUUGCUUAGUGCUACUUGUAAACUACAGAAUCCUGGCCACAGGUCAGCAGUUGCUGAUAAUAAUGCCUCUGAUGCAUUAUCACUGCUGACUUGGAAUCUGAACAUGAACUCUGCUAGAUACUUAGAAACUAUUGAAGAAUCUGUUGGAUCUCUUUUGUCACUUUCUGAUUAUGAUGGAACAGAUGAUGAUUUAGACAACACUAAUCGUAGAAAACGCAGAUCUAAAGGUAAAAGAAGAAGUGCUGAAAAUCGAGGAUCUUCCAAAAGAAAAAAAUCUACGGAAAAUACCAUAGGUGGAUUGCAAGAAGAUGAUUUUCCUUUGGAAAACAAAAAAAUUUCAAAAGAAACUGCAGAGAAGUUUCGAAGCAAUAGUGAUCCAACAACCAAGACUCCAGAUAUGCAAAUUCGGCCUACAUAUAAAUGUGAUUCAGAAGACAUCAGGAAUCAUGCUUAUGAACUUAGAAGAUCUAAUACAGGGAACUUAUCUGGCAGCACACCUGUUGGCCGUUAUAGUACUGGUGGCAAACUCAGUCGUACUCAUGCUUUUUGCUCCAAAACUGUCAUAAGAGCUGAAAAAUGUCAUCCUUGUGGCCGUAUAAUCAAGUUUUGCAAACAGGCUCUGAAAUGUCAAGAUUGUAGAGUAACGUGCCAUCCAGAAUGUAAAGAUCAAUGUCCCUUACCUUGUAUUCCUACCGUAAAUACACCAACCAAAGGCAAUAUGGGUACUAUAGCUGACUAUACAUCAUCAACAGCACCUAUGAUACCUUCUCUUAUUGUUCAUUGUGUCAAUGAAAUUGAAUCCAGAGGUUUCAAAGAAAUUGGUUUAUACCGUAUAUCAGGAAGUGAGCGAGAAGUGAAAGAGCUAAAAAAAAACUUUUUAAGUGGAAAGAGCAUUCCAAAUAUUAAUCAGGCUGAUAUCCAUGCUGUGUGUGGAACAGUAAAAGAAUUUCUUAGAUCUUUAAGUGAACCUUUAAUACCAAGAUCUACAUGGCAAACGUUUGUUGAAGCAGCAGAAAUAAAGGAUGAUACUAUCAGUUUAAAUGCUUUAUACAAUGCUGUGUGUGAUCUGCCUCAGCCAAACAAAGAUACGCUUGCAUUUCUUGUAUUACACUUGCAAAGAGUUGCAGAAAGCCCUGAAUGCAAAAUGCCACUGGAGAAUAUAGCCAAAAUUUUUGGCCCCACUAUAGUGGGAUAUUCAACAGCUGAACCUGCAGCUGAUUGUAAUAUGUUAACAGAAACAACAUAUCAGGUCAAGGUAAUGCACCGUCUUUUGAUAAUACCAGCUGAUUCAUGGCGAAAUUUGUUGAAUGUAGAUCAAGAUGUUUUUACUCCUACCCCAAAGUCACCAGAGCCCAUUCCAGCACCAUCCAUAGUAGUAAGAGGAGGCAGGCUUGGUCCUAUUUACUAUCCAUCUAGUCAAAAUUCCAGAAAUGUCCAAGUUGGAAGAACACCUCUUACACCAAGGAAUACAAGACAUGGUUCCAGUUCCAAAUCUGGGAAAAGGCAGUUUUUUUCAUCUCCUUUACUUAAAUAACUUCUGUGGAAUUAACAUAGAUUGUUAGACAACUGAUGUGUACUGAAGGUGCAUGAAGUUUAUCAUUUCCAUGGGUUUUGUAAAAAAAUGAUUGUAUAUCUAUUAUUUUUACAUAUAUAUUUUUACAUACAUAUAUGCCUCAAUAUUAAUGGUCCAAAAGUAAUUUAUCUAAGCUCGCAAAAAAAAUUGUAUUUUUUAACAAAUGUAAUUUUUAAAUAAAAGCUUAUUGUAUAUGUGUA